AUGAUUUAUUAUUUAUUUUUAAUACAUGAUGUUAAUGGAGACGGUUUCUUAGAUGGACAUGAAUUAAGAGCUGCGUUUACUGAUUUUGGUGAAGAAGAGGCAACGCAGUAUAUAUCUUUAGAAGAGGUAACUGAUAUGGUAGACCAUGUAUUAGAAGAAGAUGAUUUGGAUGGAGAUGGGCUUAUUAGCUGGUCAGAAUAUUUAGAAUCACAAAAUUAUCAUAAUAAAUAA